CAACUCCCCCCAAAGUCUUUCCUUCACGAUAUAUCUGUACCAGCCAUGCCUCCGCGAGGAAAUGAAGGCCUUGACUUCACCCCAAUACUGACCCACUACCUCUUUCUCUUCACCUCCAUCCUUGCCGUCGUUGGCUGGUUUGUAGCCUUCAUAUCCCAGGCUGUUGUCACCGCAGAACGCGGCCACGGUGAUGUCGGCGUCCUGUGGUUCGCCAUUUUUCUUCAACUCUUCCUCAUCCUCGGCGUCUUCUACACCCUCGCAAGCGAUUCGAUAGCAAUGCAUCGCUUUCAGAUAUCCGUCUUUGGCUCAAUCGCAAUCACCUUCGCAGUCAUCGGCGUCAACCAAGGCAUUUUCACCGGCAUCGCUUCCCUUGGUGCCAUGGCCGCAGGCUGGCUCAUCCUCUCCGUCGUCGACAUCCUUUGGGUCCUCUACUUCACCUCCGAGGAAGACUCCCUUACUCUUCACAUCUUCAACUCUCUCGGUACAGGCGGCCUCACUCCGCCCUCGCGCAGGCGCAGGGGAAAUCGCGCACAGUCCGUUCACAACAUGGGCGUCGGAAAUGGUUACGGAGUUGGCGGAGGAGGAUACUCGUCACCAUCGGCUGUCGGUGCUACUCCAUACGACGCCAAAGCCCCCAACAGCUUCGGUCCUACUGCGGGCGUUAGAAGUCAGGGCAGCUUGCACACUGCGAGUCUCCACGAUGGUGUUGUCCCGAAGAGCUCAACUGGCGUCAAUGGUAGCUUGAACGGCGGUACCCCCGCGAUGCCCAUGGCCAACCUACCGGCUGAUAGUGCGGGUAUGGGCUCGCCGCUGAUGGGCCCCGGGGCAGCUGGCGUUGGAGCGGGAGGUGGUCCUCUUCCUGAGGAUACGAGUGCGACUCCUUCGGAUGGCAACUACAUGUAUAAGGCGAAGGCUCUGUACGCUUACUCGGCAUCUGCGGACGAUCCAAACGAAAUUUCCUUCGCAAAAGGAGAGAUACUCGAUAUCAUCGACAAGAACGGGAAAUGGUGGCAAGCAAAGAAAGCGGAUGGUACCAUUGGCAUUGCGCCAUCAAACUACCUGCAGAUUGUCUAACGAACCUCCCGUUCGCGCUCGCUCCCUGCUUCAUCAACAUCAGAUCUAUCUAAUCACUCCUUGAAUCACGACGAUGACGGAAUGCUCUACGAAACCCUCCCUAUCCUCUACUCCCGACAACCCGCAAACAUGCACAUACCCCUUGAAUAAUAUAAGCGAGCCUCCCUAUCCCUUGGACUUCUCCUUUCAUGACACAGCCGCUUGACAUCCUUCAUUUCUCCGGAGCUCGCUCGUUCUCCGUUUAUUGUAUAUUUUCGGGACUUUCAUUCACUUCUACACCGUUCUUGCCCUACCCAGCAAGCCCCCGAUAUUUCCGUUCGUCUCGUGUUGUUCCGUGUCUGCGACUCUGAUUCUCUUCUUGUCAAAUUAUUGGAUAGGAUCUCUCCCAUCCCAUCUCUUCAUCUCUUUUCCCCGCUCUCCUCCCGAGUCUAUAUCCUUUGUUUCAUUCUCAUUCUCAUUAUUUCUUUGUCUUCCC